CUUUCCAGUGUGCAUGACUGGAACUCUCUCUAGCGCUGCUAGUGGACAAUCAGACCUACACACCCACCUCCAGACACACUCGCAUUUCUCAUUUCUUACUUCUAGUCUAAAUUAGAUAGCAAGACGUAGUGCCGGAGCUCACAGAUCGCAUAGAAUUAGUUUUAAGUACGAGCGGUAGUUAAACAGCAAAUCUGAAAUUCAACAUGGAGUCCCCUCCAGAUCCAGCGAGCGACCCGGGCAACAGCGCCUCGGAGCCGGCUACCCCGGUCAGGGAAACCCCGGUAAACCUGGAGACGCUCCGAAAAUCGGACCAUCCAGCCCCGGUUCGAAGGCAGACCUGUUCAAGUACCAACAGAGGUAUCUCGGUAGCAAAGAAGACGCAUACCUCUCAAAUCGAAAUAAUUCCCUGCAAGAUCUGUGGAGACAAAUCAUCAGGCAUCCAUUACGGCGUGAUAACAUGUGAAGGCUGUAAGGGCUUCUUCAGGAGGAGUCAGCAGAGCAAUGCAGCCUACUCCUGCCCCCGUCAGAAGAACUGCCUGAUCGACCGCACCAGCCGCAACCGCUGCCAGCACUGCCGGCUGCAGAAGUGCCUGGUAGUGGGCAUGUCACGAGAUGCGGUAAAAUUUGGCCGCAUGUCGAAGAAGCAGCGAGACAGCCUGUACGCUGAGGUCCAGAAGCACCGGCUGCAGCAGCAGCAGCAGCGUGAACAACAACAACAGCCGGGAGAGGCGGAGCCGCUCACACCUAGCUAUGGCCUCUCAGCCAAUGGCCUCACAGAGCUCCAUGACGACCUCAGCGGCUACAUGGAUGGUCACACCCCUGACGGCAGCAAACCAGACUCGGCGGUCAGCAGCUUCUACCUGGACAUCCAGCCAUCUCCUGACCAGUCAGGCCUGGACAUCAACGGCAUCAAGCCGGAGCCCAUCUGCGACUUUGCCCCCGGCUCUGGCUUCUUCCCUUACUGCUCCUUCACCAACGGAGAAACGUCCCCAACAGUGUCCAUGGCUGAACUAGAGCACCUGGCCCAGAACAUCUCCAAGUCACACAUGGAGACAUGUCAGUACCUGAGGGAGGAGCUGCAGCAGAUGACCUGGCAGGCCUUCCUACAGGAGGAGGUCGAGAGCUACCAGAGCAAGCCCCGGGAAGUCAUGUGGCAGCUGUGUGCUAUCAAAAUAACAGAGGCCAUUCAGUAUGUGGUGGAGUUCGCCAAGCGCAUCGACGGCUUCAUGGAGCUGUGUCAGAACGAUCAGAUAGUGCUGCUGAAAGCAGGCUCUUUGGAAGUUGUGUUUGUCAGAAUGUGCCGUGCCUUUGACUCGCAAAACAACACCGUCUAUUUUGAUGGAAAGUAUGCUGGACCCGAUGUGUUCAAGUCAUUAGGCUGUGACGACUUGAUCAGCUCCGUCUUCGAGUUUGGGAAAAACUUGUGUUCUAUGCACCUGUCUGAGGAUGAGAUCGCCCUGUUCUCCGCCUUCGUGUUGAUGUCUGCUGACCGGUCUUGGCUCCAGGAGAAGGUGAAGGUGGAGAAACUUCAGCAGAAGAUCCAACUGGCCCUUCAGCACGUCCUGCAGAAGAACCACAGAGAGGAUGGAAUUCUUACAAAGUUGAUAUGCAAAGUGUCGACACUGCGAGCGCUGUGCAGUAGGCAUACAGAGAAGCUUACAGCUUUCAAAGCAAUAUACCCAGACAUUGUGCGUGCCCACUUCCCCCCCUUAUACAAGGAGCUGUUCGGAUCAGACUUUGAGCAGUCCAUGCCCGUUGACGGGUAGCAGCCCUGCCAGGUGCCAGUGUGCCCACCGUAGGGGAAUGUGGAGGAGGAAUCUGAGACACUUUAUUGGUGCCCUGCACAAACCAGAGCGGACAGAUUGCACGAUGUUCAACUUCUUCUUUUACAUUGGAGGGGAGGGCUUAGGGAGUUGAUUCUCAAGGUUUACUUUAUUGAAUUUAGUUCUCUUUUGAAGACCUGUGGGACCCAACACCCCAUGGGACAUGAAGAGGAAAUAGGGACAAAUAAUUUCUGUCUGGUUGAACUUGACCCUCUUUUGCGCAUUUCAUGAUUCACUUCAUUCAUUCAUUAUCACCAGUAUUUAUUGCAUCGCCAUUAUUAUGAUUUACCUGUGUAUCUGACUUUAUUACUGAGUCACUUUUGGAAUUAAAAUAGUUGAAGACAUCUUCAAUUAGAAGGUAAAUCCGCAGCAGUAUUAUUUUUCAGAUUACAUUCCCAAAAAAAAGUGUUUUCACCUUCAAAACUUUGAAUAGUCUUAUCGCUACCUCCCCAAACUGAAAUACAAAGCUGACAAAUGCGCACAUUUUGGUCAAGUUCAGCCCCUUUAUCUUUUGUGUUCAGUCGUAUCUUUUUGGACGCAGUUCUUGGAAUGAAAACUCACGGCGACUUUGAGGGAGGGUCUGUCGGCAAGGUGAUGCAAUCGGCACCUCUCUAUGGACAAUCGUUUAAAAAAAGAAAAAAGAAACAUAGAAUUCUGGUAAUUCUAAUGAAAACGCAAUGAUUUUAGCUGUCAAAGACUCCAUCCACCAUUGUUGCAUAGUGAAAUCAUGUAAGGCCAUCUGCUAUUAAUCCUUCUCUGGACAGGUGCCCUGGAGAAGCACGGGGCACCAACACAAUGAAAAGGGUCCAUUCCACCUGUUUUAUAAUGUACUACAGGGUAUAUGGUCAUAAGUACUUACUAUACAGAAAAAAAGUAAUGUUUAUAGAAUCUAUUUUAAAUAACAUGUAUGAUAUUAGUAGUUAGACCAUUCUUAAUUGUUGAAUUGAUAAGGCACUUUUAUUUACACCUUUCUUUAAUUUAAGACUUGUAUAUUUACCUAGUGAUGUGUUGCAUGUGCACAAGAAAUUCAAGUUGAACCAUGGUCACAGAGGCUAGUCCUGGGAGCUGCAGAUGAUACCGGUCUGGAAGUGUAAGGGCUGUCUGUUAGGAUUGCUGGCGAGGCUGCUGAUUGGUGAACAACGAGGCGUGGAUGAGAAGACAGGUUAAAAGGAGCUCUAUUAAAUUGUUACCUCAACAACCACCUGCAUGUCACCUGUCAAAAUGUAGCUCUGAUACUCCUUUUAGAGAGAAAUGCACACGAACAGUAACGGACAACAAACCUUGUAGUGACGUUACAGUCUCGUGGCUUUCUUUGUCUUCGUUACGAACACACCUGGAUUGAAACCGCCUUUGUUUAAACCUUUUUAAAAUACGAGAACAAACUAAGGCAUUGCCUGGUGAGACAUUUGCAACACACCGGCGUUCAUAUUAUUUUCCAAAUAUUUUGUACUAAUUUUACUUCACCCUCACGUGUGAAGUAAAAAAAAAAGGCCACAAGGAAACAUAGAAAUCAAACAUCUCAGCCAGGUUUUACAAAUCAACAUUGAUUACCCGUGUGGUCGGACUGGAAGGAGCCACACACACACACACACACAUAGACUGUAAUCCAAUUGUUCCAUCUAGUGGAAGGUAAAGAUACAGCAGGCAAAUUGACAGCCUAAUGAAAACACAAGGUCUAACCUUAAAGCACAUUCAUGAGCCUCCGUCAAAAAUGUUUCAAGGGUUUUUUUGUAGUUGUUUUGAGUUUCUUUAUCUGCCUUCUCACCACAGCCUCAGCCUCAGCAACGCCACAACAGGACACAGAAGGAACAGUGAAGGGAAAGUGAAUAUUCAAAGCCUUGUCUGGUAGUAAAGCUUCUAUUUUUGUAACAUGUUUUGGUUAAUAAACUCAUGAAAGAGAACGAGGGAGAGAAAAAGAUGUCAGGUAGCACUUAACUAUAUUCCUGCAAUAAUUAGACUCGCUGUUGUUUGUAUGAUUAGGGGAGAAACAUAAAAAUGGUAGGACAAGUGCUAUUUUCAGAAUGCUUUGUUGUUGUGCUUCUGUUUUGUUGAGUGUGUCUUUCUUGUCAGUGUGGUAGUAAAGUGGUAGAAAAAACCCUGGAUGUGCCAAACAGUAGUCGUUGCUUCCGCUUUCCAGUCUACUCGUCUAUAAUGUAGAAUGGAUUCCUAAGACAUUCCAGCAAUCUCAGUAGCGGCUUCUAGAAAUAUCUUUAAAAAAAAAAAAAAAAAGAGCGAGGAAAAUGGAAAAAGAAAAAAAAUGAUAUCCCUUUAGAAACCCAACAAAGCAUGUUGAUACAUCUGUCACCAACCGUAACAUAGAAUCCAGUUGUUUGUCUUUUGUUUUCUGUUUGCACACGAUCAUUCCUCUGCCGUGCAAUUUGUACAAGGCGUUAAUGCCUUGUGCUGUCACCCCUCAGGGAAGAGUUUCUUUUGCGCUUUCUGUUUGAGAGGACAUUUGUUUGUACUCAUUAGGUUUAGUUUGUGUUUUGUUUUGUUUUUGUCAGGGAUGUUCCAUGAGAAGUGGUUUAGAUUUAAUAUUUGAAUAUUCAUCACAAUUUUACAUUUGUAUUGACGUCCUCAAGGGGCCCCCCCAGCCACUCAAAGACCACUGCGCCCCUACGGACAAGUUCAAGAAAAUGUCAUUUGUAUAAAAAAAAGAACAAACCCCAUCACUUUUACAAGCCGCAGUUUUAUCAGUACACAGCAUAUUCCUGUCACACACAAAAAAAAAAAAAUCAGUUUUGGUUUCAAACGGUGUCAUCAGGGUCUUUAAAAAUGAUAACCCUCUUUGUUA